GGCGUGGAGGCGGCGACGGCGAGUGCCGCGGUGCGGGCGAGCGGGCCGAGCGGUCCCCGCGGCCUCCGGACCCGGCCAUGCUGCGCUGGCUGCAGGACUUCCUGCUGGAGGCGGUGGCCUGCCAGGAUGACGAUGACUACUUACGCUACGGGAUCCUCUUCGAAGACCUGGACCACAAUGGGGACGGCGUGGUGGACAUCAUCGAGCUCCAGGAGGGACUGAGAAACUGGAGCUCCGCGUUUUACCCGAACUCCGAUGAGGUAAUUUUUAAGGCUGGAGAUACCAAUGACGAUGCAGUAUUGGACUUCAGAGAAUUUAUGCAGUAUCUUCAAGACCAUGAGAAGAAAAUGAAGCUGGCAUUUAAUAGUCUGGACAAAAAUGAUGAUGGAGUAAUAGAUGCCUCAGAAGUAAUUGCUGCUUUGAAAUCUUUGGGUAUGCAUAUUUCUGAAGUCCAGGCAAAAACAAUUCUGAACAGCAUGGAUAGUGAUGGGUCAAUAACAGUAGACUGGGAUGAAUGGAAGUACUACUUUUUACUUCAUCCUGCAGCAAAUACCACUGAAGUUAUUCGUUUCUGGAAGCGUUCUACUUUAAUUGACAUAGGAGAGAGUAUAGCUAUUCCAGAUGAAUUUACUGAACAAGAAAAGCAGUCUGGAGAAUGGUGGAAGCGUUUGGUGUCAGCAGGAAUAGCUAGCGCAGUUGCACGGACAUGCACGGCACCUUUAGACCGCUUGAAAGUCAUGAUGCAGGUUCACAGUUUAAAGUCAAGGAAAAUGAGAUUGAUUACUGGUUUUGAGCAGUUAGUAAAAGAAGGAGGAAUUUUUUCCCUUUGGCGAGGAAAUGGUGUAAAUGUUUUAAAAAUUGCACCAGAAACAGCACUCAAGGUUGGGGCCUAUGAACAGUAUAAGAAAUUGCUUAGUUUUGAUGGUGCUCAUAUAGGAAUUUUUGAAAGAUUUAUAUCUGGAUCAUUGGCUGGUGUAACUGCCCAGACCUGUAUUUACCCCAUGGAGGUAUUAAAGACCAGACUGGCUGUAGGUAAGACUGGAGAGUAUUCAGGCAUUAUUGACUGUGGCAAGAAGCUUCUAAAACAAGAAGGUGUCAGAUCCUUUUUCAAAGGUUUUGCUCCUAACUUGCUAGGCAUUGUACCUUAUGCAGGUAUAGAUUUUGCUGUUUAUGAGGUUUUGAAGAAUUAUUGGUUAGAAAAUUAUGCAGGAAACUCUGUGAAUCCUGGGAUAAUGAUUUUGCUGGGAUGUAGUACGUUGUCUAAUACUUGUGGUCAGUUAGCCAGUUUCCCUCUGAACCUUAUUAGAACUCGCAUGCAGGCUUCAGUGGAAAAAGGAAAAAUAACUUCUAUGAUUCAGCUCAUUCAAGAAAUAUAUACCAAGGAAGGAAAAUUGGGAUUUUACAGGGGUUUCACCCCAAAUAUCAUAAAGGUGCUUCCUGCAGUAGGCAUUGGCUGUGUGGCUUACGAAAACGUGAAACCACUUUUUGGAUUAACCUAG